UAUAGAUUUGAAAACAUUACCUGGCCCUGGAGUGGGCGUGGUUGGGAGGUGGCUGGAUUUCUGUCAAGCCCUCCGGAUUGGAAUACACAGCAAAAGGCCUUGACUUUGCCCUCCUUCCCUCUCUUCUCUAAGCUGCGCCUGGUCAAACCCAGCAGUCUUGGGCCAGGACUUACUCAUCUGUCCUUUCAGCAGCAUGAAGCCUGUGCUGCUUCUGCAGUCCCUGCUGUUGAUUCACCUAACACCACAGCUGGUCCCUGGGAGUCCCAAGCAGCAUUUUAUGAAGUACAUCUUGGAACCUCCACCAUGCAGAUCGGCCCCUGAAGAGUGUACUCAAUUCUGUACGUUGCAGGAAGAUUGCCCAAAAGGACUUCAGUGCUGUUCUGCCUUCUGUGGGAUAAUCUGUACGUUAAACUACAAUGUAAAACACAAAAAGUAAGGGGAUUCUCCUACGCCCAGUCCUCACCCUGGAGCUGCUGGUGGGAGCUCAACAGAAGAGUCUCUUACCAGCCACUACAAUAGAUCUCUUUUUCUCUCUAACUCACCUUCUCUUCACCAACAAUAAUUUCCAUAAGUGUUCUGAUUAAAAGAGCCUUUCUCCA